AUGGCAAUGGCACUGGCGAUGAUCCAGAACGUCCCGCAAUACAUCUCAUCCUUUCGAGAGCAGCGCUUAUCAGCCAUUCGACCGUUCUCAGAAUUCUUUGAUUACCAGAGGAUCUCACGUCCAAAUGACUUGAAUGCAGCGACUUCAAGAAUCACCUACAACACUCGACAUUUCAGUGGAAACUACGCCCUCAUCGUCGCGGCUUUGGCAGUCUAUAGUCUCCUAACAAAUCCCUUGUUGUUGAUAUCGAUCGGUUUCUUGGUCGGAGGUUUCGGAUGUAUUCAGCGUUUCGGCCCCGAUCCGAAUAUGCCUACCGAAGGCCAAAUGGUUACUCAAAAAUCGAUGUACAUCACAUUGUUUGUCAUCGGUAUUCCGAUGCUCUGGAUUGCGGCCCCAAUCGCAACUGCCAUGUGGCUCGUGGGAUCAUCCGCAGUAACAGUUCUGGGACAUGCGUCAUUUCUUGAACCCAGUGUUGAAUCAGAAUAUUCAUCUGUCCAACAAGUGUAA